AUGAAUGCUGAAGAUGGUUUAGCAGCCAUAAAGGAUGUAGAGAAGCCAGGAAACAAGGGAAAGAAGGAUGACGAGCAUAGGGGUCAAAAGAAGGAGCGCCCAGAUCGUCAGAACAAUGACGGGAACAGAGGAAAAGAAGAUAAAGGUCCUCGGACGGUAAGAUUUACUCCUCUAAUUAUGCCUGUCGACAAAAUUUUAACGCAGAUUAAGGACAAGCACUAUCUCAAAUGGCCAAGACCAUUACACUCAUCCCCUAACGUCCAUGAUAAGAACAAGUACUGUCGAUUCCACAAGGAUCACGGCCAUAACACGGAAGAUUGUAGGGACCUAAAGGAGCAAAUAGAGGAGUUGAUACGGAAAGGAAAAUUACAGAAAUAUGUGAAAAAUGGGGAAUAUAAUAAGUUCAGAGAUGGCAAUAAGGGCCAGCAUGAGUCCUCUUCCAGGAGUGACGAUCGUCCGUUCCAACCUCCACAGGAUGUGAUCAGGGAGAUAAAGACGAUUACAGGAGGGCUAUUCACAGGAGGGUCAUUUAAAUCCCUCAAGAAAGCAUGCCAAAGACAGGUGAAUAGCGUCCACAUGAUACCUCUGUUUAAGCAGAAACGAACGGACCAGGAUAUAUCCUUCAAUGAAGCGGACGUCAGGGGAAUGAAGCAGCCUCACAAUGAUCCUUUGGUUAUAAUGCUGACUAUAGAGGGAUUCAACACCAAAAGGAUCCUCGUGGACAACGGCAGCUCCGUAGACAUUAUCUACCUCCCUGCUUUCUAG